GAUGUUGGUUUAAUCACCAAUUGCCGGCGAUGUAAUCAAUCCUCCCUAUGUACUGGAGCCUCUAUAAAAACCCUAAACCGAGAGGUUAUGGGAGAGCUUUUGGGUUGGUGCUGGAAGGCUAAUAUUCCCAGAGAAGGCAUGGAAACUCUGCGCCCUGUCUUGAUACCCUCUCUUCCCCACAUGCAUCUCUUCCGUUUGGCGGUGACUGAAUGGUAGUUUUUAGAAUACAGCGGUAAUAUUCCAGAAAUUAUUGGCAGUCUCCAGGAAGAUUAUUAUAAUCUAUGUAUGGAAAAGUCCAGGAAAAUUAAUUCCUUUGUAUGGCAUCUACUCCAGGAAGUGGAUGAAGAAAUUGAAAAGGGAUUGGAAGGAAUCACAUUAAACAUUCCUGGUAACAGUCGCUUAAUGCCAGUAGAAAGAAUAACAGGUGAAGAUUUUUGGAUUCUUUCCAGAAUUUUAAAGAAGAAUCCAUAUAUUAAUGGUUUGGAUGUUAGAUAUAACUUCAUGAGUGAUGUUGGUGCAUACUAUGCUGCAAGACUGCUUCAGAAACAACAUAAACUCAUUUAUUUAAAUCUUAUGUUUAAUGAUAUUGGGCCCGAAGGUGGAGAAUUGAUUGCUAAAGCACUACAUAAGAAUACAACUCUGAAAUACCUAAGAAUGACUGGAAACAAGAUUGAAAAUAAAGGUGGAAUGUUUUUUGCUGCAAUGCUGCAAAUUAAUUCAUCCUUAGAAAAAUUAGAUCUGGGUGACUGUGAUCUGGGAAUGCAAAGUGUGAUAGCAUUUGCUACAGUCCUAACUCAAAACCAAACAAUUAAGGGAAUAAACCUAAACCGACCUAUACUGUAUGGUGAACAGGAAGAGUCCACAGUUCAUCUAGGCCACAUGUUGAAAGAAAAUCACUGCCUUGUUGCACUACACAUGUGUAAGCAUAAUAUGAAAAACUGUGGAAUAAAACAAUUAUGCGAUGCACUGUAUCUGAAUAGAAGCCUACGCUACCUUGAUGUGAGCUGCAAUAAAAUAACUCGUGAUGGAAUGGUGUGUUUGGCUGACGUACUGAAAAGCAAUACUACUCUGGAAGUAAUAGAUCUUUCUUUUAACAGAAUAGAAGAUGUAGGAGCAAAGUAUCUCAGUGAAAUUCUUGCUUCACACAACAGGGGUCUUAAAGCGUUGUCAGUAGUCAACAACAACAUAAAGGGAGAAGGACUUGUUGCACUUUCACAGUCCAUGAAAACAAACCCCAUACUCUCUAAUGUCUACAUUUGGGGAAACAAAUUUGAUGAAGCUACAUGUGUGGCAUAUUCAGACUUAAUUCAAACAGGCCGUCUAAAACCAGACAAUACAGAUGUGGAGCCAUUUGUGGUGGAUGGACAUGUGUAUCUUGCAGAAGUCUCCAAUGGCCUUAAAAAGCAUUAUUACUGGAGGCCAACUUAUGGAGAAGCUUGCAGUCAGUCAUCUAAUGCAGGUUCUAUUCUUGUACCAGUAGGUCCAGAUCUAUGAAAAACAAGCUCUAAAAUAAUUUUCA